AUGAUCCCAACUGGAACGGCGCAUGUAAGCCUAUCACUAAUGGUCAUGGACUACAUUCCUGUAAAGAAGCCCACGAGGACUUCGCAAUGGUCGUACUUCUGGUAUCAUGCGUUUCUGCACGGACUGUCAUUCGUACUGGCCGCCACAGCUGUAGCAUUGUUUCCAGCAUUCGCCUACAAGCCGUGGAGUGUGUCGAUACAUUAUGAUCUGAAGACUACGCAGCAGUAUGUCAACUUUGUGGUCAUUGCAUGUGCCUUGCUGCUGUCAUGGCUGCUACAACAUUGCCCAUAUAUCACGAACAAAGCCGAAGCGGAGGCAGAGUUCGCAUCGAAAGACCUAAGUCUAGCAGCUCUACAGACUCGCACUGCUGCAAACGACAAAGAUGUCAUUGACAUGCUCCGGUAUGCUGUCCGCAACUCUCGAUUGUGGUACAUCUCAGCUCCCUUCGCACUUGCGAUCACGGUCUUCAGCGCCAUGUCCUGGGUCCUCUCCAUCGUCUUCGUCCUUGACUCCAGACUGGUACCGGGCGACAACAGUACAAACGUCUCUGUCACACUUGGAGGCGAUGUACCGGCACUUCCGGAUGCAUGUAGGAGUUCUCUUACUGCCGCUGGAUGUACAUACGAUCUGGCUAUGAGCGCACUGACUUCACAGCUUAUCACGCACACGCCAUAUACUUUCGAUAACAUCACAUUCUCCGGCGCAGAAGGGACGAUGGGACUGCCUUCGAGCGAAAUCGAGUACAUGAGUACUCAAUACGACACUUUUCUCAAGAUCAACUACGACACUUAUCGAAUUGUCAUCAACCCGAAUACUGGGUUCAAUCAGACAUACGUUCUUACGAGCUCCAAUGGCGAUGGUGGUGUCAUGACUGUUGCUCGUAGUGAGCUAGAGGGCGAAACAGCACUAUCGAUACUGACUGCACCUGGGCAGUACGCGAAUUUGCUCUCGCAGCUUGCAGUUGGAAAAAAUGCCACCUUUGAGAAGGAGGCUUACAAUGAGACACAAUUUACCGUCCUCUGCGACUCUCCCUUCAAUGACGAUAUCUACUCAUGGCGUUGGAUCGAGUUCUCUCUCGACGGCGGUGUCAUGACGACCAACUCCGCUAAUGAGACAUGUCGAGACGACGAAGGCAAGUCUCCCAUGCAAUGGCUCGAUUAUGCACUCGAAGGAGCGACGGCAUCAGCUCAACUUCGAGACGGGUACAGCAAGCUGCUGAAUACCGACUAUCUGGACACAACUGGCGAUGAUUACGAGCGUAUGCAAGCCUACAACAUGUCGCCACUCGAGUACAUUCUGUCGCAUAUUGAGAUGAUACUUCAGACAGCAUGGACGGCGACAAAUGGCGACAUCGCUGCCACCACAAGUGUCGAGCAACAACCCUUCGAGCAUCGCUAUGUAGUCACGGUCGAGAUCAAAAACGUCACGAUCUUAGCCCUGGCCGUAGCUUGCAUCAUCCUCUUAUGCACAAUCCUCCAAAUCUGGCGCUGGCUUCGAGCCGAGCGCAAAGCCGCCAAGAUCUGUGGUUCAACCUGGCAGCCUUUGGACCCCGUUCAGCUCCUCAUAUACGGCGCUCACGCAGCCGAGAGCGUGCAAAAGCUGGACCUCGCGAACGGGAAGCAGAGAGCAGACAUUGUGCGGGAUCGAUACAGUCCCAUGAUGGGCUUUGGGCCCGGAACUCUGGUUCCACGCGGCGAAGCUACCAGUGCGCAUGAGUUGAGGAAGAGACCAACGCAUUCGAGGACUAUCAGCUCGUCGAGCUCGGUUUAUGAUGAGCCUGAAGAACGUGAUGGCGAAGAGCUGCCGAGUUGGGAUAAUUUGCAGGCGAGAGGACAGCAAGAUAGUGGGCUGAGGCCGCUUAUUCUGAGGAGUCCGAAUCCGAGUAGGGAGGAUGGGUUUGUGUAG